AUGCCAGUGGCAGUGAUGGCGGAAAGUGCCUUUAGCUUCAAAAAGUUGCUGGAUCAGUGCGAGAACCAGGAGCUCGAGGCUCCUGGAGGAAUUGCUACUCCCCCAGUGUAUGGUCAACUGUUAGCUUUGUAUCUGCUCCACAAUGACAUGAAUAAUUCAAGAUAUCUUUGGAAACGGAUACCACCUGCUAUAAAAUCUGCAAAUUCUGAACUUGGGGGAAUUUGGUCAGUAAAACAAAGAAUCUGGCAGAGAGAUGUCCCUGGGAUCUAUACGACCAUCAACGCACACCAGCGGUCUGAGACGGUCCAGCCAAUCAUGGAAGCACUUAGAGAUGCAACAAGGAGAAGAGCCUUCGCCCUGGUCUCACAAGCCUACACCUCCAUCAUCGCUGAUGACUUCGCAGCCUUUGUCGGGCUCCCUGUGGAAGAGGCUAUGAAAGGUAUAUUAGAACAAGGAUGGCAAGCCGACUCCACCACAAGAAUGGUUAUGCCCAAGAAGCCAGUUGCAGGGGCCCUGGAUGCGUCUUUUAACCUGCCCCCGUGCCCCCGAUCCCCAACGAACAGCAGUUAGCCAGACUGACCGAUUAUGUGGCUUUCCUCGAAAACUGAUACAUCAUUCUGAGUUCAAGAUCCACCUUUGGAAUCCUGUAUACUGACAGAUAGAGAAAUGUAAAAUUUUUAUUUUCAAUUUCUUGGACGGAUGAAGCACCUCAGCAUUCCUUACUGAGUAUGUGAUAAAAUACAUAUAUAAAGUAUAUUAUAUAUAUUUUGUCCUUAAACACUAUGCGGAAUAGUUGUUGAAGCAAUUCUCCUUUUGUAAUAUUGGACAGUUUG